AUGGUCUGCUCCCAGCACCUUCUGCUCUUGUUCCUGCUUGCUUGGCAGCCGGUUUGCCAGGCCGGACCCCCCCGUGGCCAGUGGGGCAGCUCUGGAGACACUCGGGCCCGGGCCCUGAAGAAGCUGCUGGAGGUCUUUGGCAUGGAAGACCCCCCUCCGUUGCCGCAGCACGUCAAGCAGCCCCCGCAGUACAUGGUGGAUCUCUAUCGCGCGGUAGCCGGUGACGACGGGGUCACAAAGGACCCCGAUGCCCUGGAGGGAAACACAGUGCGCAGCUUCUUGGAUAAAACCCAUGGUGUGCGGAUGCGCCUCCUCUUCAUCCUCUCCAGUGUGGCGAAGCACGAGCGGGUGCUGACGGCGGAAUUGCACCUCUUCAAGCUGCGGGCCCGGCUGGCUGACGGGCAGCUCCCCCAGCGACAGCACUUCUGCCAGGUAAACAUCUAUCAGGUCUUGGACAAGGAGAACGUGGACUCCCCAGGUGGGAAGAAGCUGCUCUCAGCCCGGCUCCUGGCUCUGCAGGCCACCGGCUGGGAGGUCUUCACCAUCACGCAAGCGGUCCGUGACUGGGUAGGAGAGGAAAACAGCAACCAGGGCCUGCUGGUGACCACGGUGGGGCUUGGUGGGGCGCCUGUGGACUCCAGCACUGUGCUGUUCGCUUCGGGCCGGGACCAUCACGAGAGCAAGACGCCGAUGCUGGUUUUGUUCACCGACGAUGCGCACAGAGGAGCCGUGCCGCCCACCAGCCCCUUCUUAGCCUCUCCAGAGCCCCUGGCGGGCCUCAGAUCCAACGGGACACGCACCCCUCGCUCGGUGGGCACCCCCUUGCCCUGCCAGAAGCACCCCCUCUUGGUGGACUUCGAGGAAAUCGGCUGGGCUGGCUGGAUCAUCUCUCCCCGCGGCUACAAUGCCUUCAACUGCAGGGGCUCCUGCCCCUUCCCGCUGGGGGAGAAUAUGCGGCCCACCAACCACGCCACUGUCCAGUCCAUCAUCAACGCCCUGAAGCUCAGCCAGGAGGUGUCCAGCCCCUGCUGUGUGCCGGAUAAGCUGUUCUCCAUCAACCUCUUAUACUUCGACGACGAUGAGAACGUGGUGCUCAAGCAGUAUGCCGACAUGGUGGCCGGCAGCUGCGGCUGCCACUGA